AUGGAUGAUAGCUCUGGUGAGUUCUUGACGGAGUUUACGCCUUGGGUGUCAGGCGGAGGAGGUCGCUCCGGAGGCCCGAGCGCUGCUACGGAGAUUGCUGAGCCCUCUGCAGAGGUGCAAGAGGCUUCUUUGCGCAGAGUGAUGGCUGAGGCGGAAACGGCGCCGGAGGCGCCGCUGCUGCUGCUGCUGACCCGUUGGCUGCUGAUCCGUUCGCAGAGGCACAGGCACCAGCCAAAGAGCCCGACUUUUUCGCCGAGGCUGAGGCGGAAACGGCGCCGGAGGCUGCUGCGGAGAUUACUGAGCCCUCUGCAGAGCUGCAAGAGGCGCCAGCCAAAGAGCCGGACUUUUUCGCGCAGGCCGAGGCGGAGACAGCUCCAGAGGCUGCUGCUGAGCCGUUUGUUGCUGACCCGUUCGCAGAGGCACCAGCCAAAGAGCCCGACUUUUUCGCCGAGGUUGAGGCUGAGGCGGAAACGGCGCCAGAGGCUGCUGCGGAGAUUGCUGAGCCCUCUCCAGACGUGCAAGAGGCGCCAGCCAAAGAGCCGGACUUUUUCGCGCAGGCCGAGGCGGAGACAGCUCCAGAGGCUGCUGCUGACCCGAUUGCUUCUGACCCGUUCGCAGAGGCACAGGCACCAGCCAAAGAGCCCGACUUUUUCUCCGAGGCUGAGGCGGAAACGGCGCCGGAGGCUGCUGCGGAGAUUGCUGAGCCCUCUCCAGACGUGCAAGAGGAGGCAGCUGCUGAGGCCACGGAGGGCACCGAGCCUGCAGAGGCUGAGGGUGAGCCUGCUGCAGAGGUCGCUGAUACGCUCGCGGAGGCUCCUACCGCUCCGGAGGUCACGCCUUCGCCCGUGCCGAAGGCUGGUUGAGAAGACUCCGCAGAAGUCAGAUGAUGGCUGGAACGCCGACUUUGGAUUCGACUCUGAGGAGGAGGCAAAGCCAGCCAACGGGGAGUCCAACUCGUCUUGGAUCAUGCUCGAGCGCAAGGAAGCCACUGCAGCGCCGGAGGCUGCGACGGAGACGGAGGCGCCAGACGCUCCUGCCGGUGAGGCUGAGGAUGCAGAAGCCUCAGAGGAGGCUGGCAUUGCAGCGGUGCUUGAGGCGACCGGGCCCGAGGAAGUCAAGGAUGCAACACCGGAGGCAAAUGUAUGUCAGGAAGAGGCUGCUGAGGCGGAGGCAGAAGUUCCUGAUGAGCCUGAAGCAGCCCGCGUCGGCCAAGCGCAUGAGCCUGAAGAGGCUGAGGAGCCUUCCUGCGAGGUACCGCAGGCAUCCGCAGCCAAUGGUGAGGCAAUGCCUCGCGAGUCCGAGGCCAUGGAUGUUGCCUUGGAGGAGUUGCAGCAGCGUCUGCGCGAGGCUUUGGCCGAAGCUGCCUCUCAGCAACGAUUGCGCGAGGAGGCAGAGUCAAAGACGCAAGAGGCCUUGGCCGAAGCUGCCUCUCAGCAACGAUUGCGCGAGGAGGCAGAGUCAAAGAUGCAAGAGGCCUUGGCCGAAGUCGCCUCCCAGCAGCGGUUGCGCGAGGAGGCAGAGUCAAAGGCUAAAGAGGCCUUGGCUGAAGCCUCCUCCCAGACGCUGUUGCGCGAGGAGGCAGAGUCAAAGGCGCAAGAGGCCUCAGCAGAGCUGGAAAAGGAGAAGAUUCUCCGAGAGGAGACGGAGUUGAAAGCAAAGGCGGCCACCGAUAAACGAGAAGUGGAGGUGAAGAAGGCCCCGGUGCCCAGCAUCAAGUUGGAGGAGGCCACCGCCGAGAGCGCCAUCGCCUUUGCGAGCCCCCGGGAUUUGGGAGGCGAGCAUGUGGCGGACUUGCUGGCUUUGCUGAACAAGUUCCAAGGACAGGUUCAGGUGGUUUCGAAGGUGUGCACGGCGCUUGAGAACCUGACCUUCAGUGACGUGGACGUCCUGAGUGCCGUGGUCCAGGGCAGCGGAGUGGAGAUGCUGCUCUCCACGCUGCAGCUGCAUGAGGGGGAGGAGGCAGCUAUGCUGAGAUCAGCAGUGGACACGCUUUGGAACCUCACCUUCGACGAGAAGGCCGUGGACCGCGCUACGGCCUCUGGCGCAGUGGAGCGGCUGGCGGCGGUUAUGGCAAAGCACCCCACCGCCGCCGAGUUGCAGGUUGGAUGCUGCGCAGUCUUGCUGAAUCUGGCCGUGGUGGAGCAGAACCGCUACAAGAUCGUGCAGUGUGGCGCUUGCUCGCUGCUGGCUUCAGCUGUGGAGACGCACAAUGGAAGUGAGGAGGUGGUGGAGCACGGAUGCCAGGCCCUGUACAUGCUGGCGUAUCACAAUGAACUGAGGCCCAUGGUCCUGGCGAGCCGCGGGGCGGAGGCGGCCUCCUGCGCCGCCAGGUGCCAGGGGCCGCAGACGCAGAAGUGGGGCCGAUGGCUACAGGAGGUCCUGCAAUCCUGAGGUUGCUGCUGGAUGGUUGCUUUGCCCGACCUGUGCGCCAACGGCUUGCUUUGGGAGUUUG